CCAGCUCUGACUGCCUGUCAAAACCACCCUGCAGCUCAGGAUUAAGGAGUGUGAUCAGAGGAAGGUGGGGUUUCAGGGUAUCCCUCAGGAGCUACCCCUCCUCAGAAUUCCAUAAUGAAGGCCCGUAUGCUUGUAGGUGUGCUGGUCAUGGUGGGCUUCGCAGUAGGAAAGGCUCCUGUUCCUGAAGUCCGUACCUGCCACUUCUGUCUUUUGGAAGACCCUUCUGUAGGAUGCAUUUCAGGCUCAGAGAAGUGUACCAUCAGCAGCUCGUCCCCCUGCAUGGUGAUCAACAUCUAUUAUGAUGUCAAGAUUCGCUUCACUGUUCGAGGCUGUGGACAGUACAAUUCCUACCGCUGCCAAGAAACUCACAACACCUACUUCUCAGACUACUGGUAUAAGGCCGACUGCUGCCAGUAUGAUUACUGCAACUCCUGGUCCAGCCCCCAGCUUCAGAGCUCCCGGCCUGAGCCCUCAGACAGGCCCCUGACCCUACCUCUGUCUGACUCCCAGAUCCAGCGGUUCUACCAGGCCCUGAACCUCUCACUGCCCCUCCCUAGCUUUCAUGCUGGGAAGGAGCCUGAAGGCCUGGACCUCCUAGCCACCCUGCCCCUGAACUUGGGCUUGUCUGUUGCUCACCUGCGUCGCAUGUACUUGUUCUUCAACAGUUCAGGACUUUUGGUUCUUCCCCAGGCUGGACUUUGAUACCUCCCCUUUCCAGGUUCCAUUGUCAUCCCAGCAUCCUGCACUAUCUUCUCUGAGAACACUCACCUUUGAUAACUGAUUUAUUUGGCCUCCCUCCUUUGUAUCUCCAGCAUCUGUAUGGCUUUGGUUUAAUUUCUUCCCCUGAACCCCUGUGCUGUUCUUCCUCCUAGAAAAGAAUCUCAAAUGUGGAUUCUGCCCAGGCUGACCUAGGAAAGACACAAUGUCACCUUCACCCCUUUCCCUUCAUCUAAGUGUUCCAUCAUCUCCACAUCCCUUCCCAAUCUGGCCACCUGCCACUUCUAUUUAGAUUUAGCUCUGUUUCCCCUGUCUUAUCCCUCUCUCUGAGACCCAGUACCAGACAGAACUUCCAGCAAGAAGGAUGAGAUAGACGUCUGUGCAUUUCCUGACAGAAGUCUGGUGUCCCUGCUUCACUGUCUUCAUCAGCUCCUCUCCUGUUCUGAUCUUCUGCCUUCUGUCCUCUCUUGUCACAGUCUUUGGCUUCCUCACCCCCAUUUAACCUCACUAUGUCCUAACAUCCAGCUCUAUAUAUGGGCCUGAUGAGAGAGGAGAGGGAAAGGUCUCUUCUGUUCUGCUUCAUGUUCCCUGUUUUCUUUCACAAUAAACUGGCACUGGGCUAAA